ACCUGCCCAACACACACAGGAAGAGAGAAAGAGAGAAAGCGGAAAACUUCAGUUGAUCUUCUCAUGGUAGUUCUUUCGAUUUGAGGACUUUACCAUGACGCGCCAGGAUUUUAUAUCAAUCUUCAGAGGAUUUCGUGACAGCUCUAUAGAUUGACAGCGUAGAACGAUAGGGUUUAGAGACUUAACGCAUAGUUUGUUUAUUCGCGAUCGAGAUAAACUUGCGCCAAAACGCGCGUUCGGACGCGGAGACUUGUGCACGGAGAUCAGCGCGGGCGCGUUGCUGAGUCGCGAAAGGUCCAAAACCAGCACACUUUUGUGAUCCGGGCUUCAGGGUUCAAACUUCCCUCCUUUUCCUUUGUGCCGGAGGACGAGCGCAGGCCGGCGGCGCGCAGCAGCAGCAGCACCAGGCCGCGGGUAAAGACGCCCUGAGCGGGCGUGCGAGGAUCCACAUUUGAGGAAUAUAAGUGAUUUUGCAAAACAAAAAUGGAUCCAAACUCAGCAUCUGGUGGUGCUCCCAAAAGUGGGAAGGACAAGGAGAAAAAAAGCAAGAAGAACUAUGAGGACGGAGACGGAAAGAAGAAGUUUACUCUCAAACGGCUGAUUCCUGAUGAGCUGGAGCGCUUCACCAGCAUGCGGACGAAGAAGGAGAAGUCGGGUCCGACGGGAAACAGACACUCAUCUGCCGCCCAAUAUGAAGUGCCGUCCCAGAGCAGCUCGCUGAACGAGCUGUCGGAUGAGUCUGUGCUGGAGCUGUUUGAGCAGAUGCUGGUGGAUAUGAACCUGAAUGAGGAGAAGCAGCAGCCACUGAGGCAGAAGGACAUCAUCAUCAAGAGAGAGAUGGUGUCUCAGUACCUGCACACCUCCACCGCUGGUAAGAGCCAAAAGGAAAGCUCAAGGUCAGCGCUGAUGUACAUCCAGGAGCUGAAAACCGAUCUGAGAGACGCACAGUUACUGACCUGCCUGGAGUCCCUGCGUGUGUCAUUAAACAACAACCCUGUCAGUUGGGUCCAGACGUUUGGAGCCGAGGGAUUGGCUUUGCUUCUGGCAUUCCUCAGGAAACUUCAAGAUGAGAAAGAAGAACCUUUGUAUGCUGGGAUUGGUGUUAAAUGUCAACAUGAGAUCAUUCGAUGUCUGAAAGCGUUCAUGAACAACAAGCACGGUCUGAAAGCCAUGCUGACGUCAGAAGAAGGAAUCCCUCUCCUUGUCCGAUCCAUCAAUCCAAAAGUCCCGCACAUGAUGGUGGAUGUAGUCAAACUGCUGUCUGCCAUCUGUAUCCUCGAGCAUCCAGGAAACUAUCAUGAGCGAGUUCUGGAGUGCAUCACUGAACAGGCUGAAGAGCAGGAGAUCGAGAGGUUCCAGCCGCUGCUGUCCGGCAUGCAUAAAAACUCCAUCACACUCAAGGCCGGUUGUAUGCAGCUGAUCAACGCUCUCAUCAGUCGAGUGGAGGAGCUGGACUUCAGGAUCCACCUGAGAUCAGAGCUCAUGAGACUGGGACUCAAAGACCUGCUGAAGGAGGUGAGGUCGAUAGAGAACGAGGAGCUCAAGGUUCAGUUGCAGGUAUUUGAAGAGCAGGCUGAUGAAGACUCUGAAGAUCUUCGCUCCCGUUUGGACGACGUCCGUCUUGAGAUGGAUGAUAUGACUGAAGUCUUCCAGAUCUUGAUGAACACAGUGAAGGACUCUAAAGCUGAACCUCUAUUCCUGUCUCUGCUGCAGCAUCUGCUACUGGUGCGAAACGACUACAUGGCCAGGCCUCAAUACUAUAAACUUAUCGAUGAGUGUACGGCUCAGAUCGUUCUGCACAGGAACGGCUGUGAUCCAGACUUCAAAUGCAGGAAGUUUGACCUGGAAGUGAGCCAUCUGAUUGAUAACAUGGUUGAUCAGACCAAAGUGGAAAUCAGUGAAGCUAAGGCCACGGAGCUGGAAAAGAAGCUGGAUGCAGAGUUGACGGCCCGUCAUGAGCUGCAGGUGGAGCUGAAGAAGCUGGAGGCCGAUUACGAGCAGAAGGUUCUGGAGCUGAGUACUGAUAAAGAGAAGCUGGGGAAAGAGAAGAGUGACCAGGAGAAAGAGAACCAGGGCUUGCAGUCAGAGAUCAGUGAACUGAAAGAGAAGAUCGAGAAGCUCUCAAAAGAUCUCGAAGAAGCCAAAGCGAAGGUGAUCACCGUGCAUGUGCCUGUGGUUCUGCCCCCCAGCCAAUCAUCUUCCACAGUGCCGCCCCCACCUCGUCCUGGUGAAGCCUGCCUACCUCCUCCCCCACAGGGACAGACGGGCAUGCUGCCGCCGCCGCCUCCUCUGCCCGGAGCACCUGGCCUGCCUGCACCCCCUCCGCCACCUCCUUUACCUGGAGCGGCUUGUAUGCCGCCACCCCCUCCGCCUCCGCCUCUACCUGGAGCGGCUUGUAUGCCGCCACCCCCUCCGCCUCCGCCUCUACCUGGGGCAGCCAAUAUGCCGCCUCCUCCUCCUCCUUUACCUGGAGCACCUGGUAUGCCACCGCCUCCUCCACCUUUACCUGGGAUGCCUGGUAUGCCACCGCCUCCACCUCCUCCACCUGGGAUGCCUGGUAUGCCUCCACCACCUCCUCCAAUGGGCGGUCCUGGAAUGCCUCCGCCCCCUCCUGGCGGGUUCGGUGGAUGGGCGCCUCCUGUUCCUCAGCUGCCCUUCGGCCUCCAGCCUAAGAAAGACUACAAACCUGAGGUGCAGCUGAAGAGAGCCAACUGGAGCAAGAUUGCAGCGGAGGAUCUAUUGGAAGACAGCUUCUGGGUGAAGGCCAAGGAGGAGCGCUUUGAGAACAAGGAGCUGUUUGCCAAACUCACCCUGACCUUCUCCACACAGACCAAGAGUAAAAAGGAUCAGGAGGCAUCUGAGGAGAAGAAAAAUGCUCAGAAGAAGAAGGUGAAGGAGCUGAAAGUGCUCGACGCCAAAACAUCCCAGAAUCUCUCUAUAUUUUUGGGUUCAAACAGGAUGCCUUAUGAAGAAAUGAAGAAUGUCAUCCUCGAGGUCAAUGAGAAAGUUCUGACUGAAAACAUGGUGCAGAGUUUGCUGAAAUUGCUGCCGGAGCAGGAACAAAUGAACGCAUUAUCAGAGAUGAAAGAUGAAUACGAGGAGCUGGCAGAGUCUGAACAGUUUGGAGUUGUGAUCAGUUCAGUGAAGCGUCUGAAGCCCCGUCUGAGCUCCAUUCUCUUCAGACUUCAGUUUGAGGAGCAGGUGAAUAACGUCAAGCCAGACGUGGUGGCGGUGACGGCCGCCUGCGAGGAGCUUCGGAAGAGCGAGAGCUUCGCCAAACUGCUGGAGAUAACGCUGCUGGUGGGAAAUUUCAUGAACGCAGGAUCACGCAACGCCAAAGCUUUCGGCUUCAGCAUUAGUUACCUGUGCAAGUUGCGAGACACUAAAUCAGCCGAUCAGAAACAGACUCUUUUGCACUUCCUGGCGGACACAUGUCAAGAGCACUAUCCUGAGGUCAUGACCUUCUCAGAAGAGCUCAUCCAUGUGGAGAAAGCAAGCAAAGUGUCAGCAGAGACUCUUCAGAAGAAUCUAGAUCAGAUGGGCAAGCAGAUUAAAAACCUGGAGAAAGACAUUGAGACGUUCCCCCCUCCACAAAGCGACAAGGACAAAUUUGUAGAGAAAAUGACCAGUUUUGUAACGACGGCUCAGGAGCAGUUUGAGAGGCUCAAGCUGAUGCAUGAGAACAUGGAGAAGCAGUAUGAGGAUUUAGGCAAGUACUUUGUGUUCGACCCCAAGAAAAUGAGUCCAGAAGAGUUCUUCGGUGACCUCAACAACUUCAGGAACAUGUUCCAGCAAGCAGUGAAAGAGAACCAGAAACGGAAAGAAGCAGAGGAGAAGAUUCGUCGAGCCAAACUGGCGCGAGAGAAAGCGGAAAAAGAGAAGGAGGAGAAACAGAAGAAAAUGAACGCUGGACAGAUUCCCAACAUCAAUGAUGAUGAUGAGACUGGUAUCAUGGAUGGUUUGUUGGAGGCACUGCAGUCUGGAGCUGCUUUCAGGAGGAAGAGAGGACCGCGACAAGCAGCCAACAAUCGGAGAGGAGCAGGUCACGCCGUGACAAACAUUCUCGCCAAAGAGCUUCUUCAAGAGGAACCCCAGCCCACUGCCACGAAAAAGACCCGAUUGGAGGCGGAGGACAGGAAAGAGUCGUCUCCGGACGUCACAGACUCGCUGGAGGACCUCUUAGACGACGCUCCGUUACGCUCCAAUUAAGGACUGCUGAUCCUGCCGGCUAAAAGACAGACUGUGUUUGGGGACCAAACCUGCGAGGGCGGGGCUCUCGCUAAACCACACCCCUCGAGUAAGCCCACACGGCUUCCUAUUGGCCGUCACACUGGAGGAGUGGCCUCAUCUCAUCACUGUCACACUCGUUUUGUCGUUUUCUAGCACUCUUUCUCUAAACACAAGGUUACUCUAUCACUGUCGUCUGCUUUUGCAGGAUUCCAAAGAUUUGUGUAUAGAUUCCAGAACAUUUUGUUCCAUUCCAAAUUCAUCCUCAAGCGUCCUCUUCUGGUUCCUUUUGAAAACAAACAUCUGUUCUGCUUUGUUUAGCUUUUUUACUUUGACUUAUCAUGUGGCUGAAAGUUUGAAAUAAGUUACAUUGUAUUCGAAACGCAACGUGCCAAUAAUGUCGACUCCAUAAAUGUUCAAUUAGUUGUACUAGAGGUGUUCUCACUGAGGUUCUGUAGCCAUCACAAGGAGGUCUGGUACCUGUUCACAAAGUUGUUUCUCUCUGUACUCUUCUGUUUCUGGGUACUUCUUUCUGUCAUUUUAAUUGAAUGUUGUUUAAAUCUCAGAAAUACUUAUUUUCACUAGCUACAUUCAUUGAGCCUCAUUCAUUCAAGUCGCACGUAAACCAGAAUUAAAUGCGACAAUUUAUGCAAAAACGGUUUCAGAUAGAAUUAAUAAAACAAAGUGUGUAAAUUGUUGCAUUGAAUUAAAUGCAAUAGUCUACUUCACAGUGAUUUUAUGCAUAAUAUGUGUGUUGAUUGCUGCACUUCCUAAAUUUACAUAGAAUCUGUUUUGUGAAUGGCAUUUGGUCAGUUUUGUCUUUCCAGAAACGUCCAUUGUGUUUUUGUGUUUGUGAAGUGCUGUAGUCGAUAUUUUCUGCACACUGAAGAUCCAAACAUGCUGGUAUGUACGCCAGACAGUUUUUAGUGGCGUUGACGAUAAAUCAUUUUUCAUUUACUACCGGACAGUGAGUAAAAAGUCAGUGAAUUGCGAAAUAUCUAUUUUGAGGGCAAAAGUAACAUUGACGGGUCUUUUGGCAUUUAUUUCUCUAUGAUAAACGGUUUGAUCAAGCCAAAUCUGAGGGACUGUGGCAGAGCACUUCUAUCAUUGGUGCUGAAAUAUGUUAAAAGCUGCACAUAGAUUUAUUAAACUUUAGUAUUUUUCAUUGCAGUCUUCGAAAGACGGUGAGAAAAUGUCCCUGUCUUUUAUGUUGACUGAUCACCAGCAGAUACUGUUUAACCAGUCGACCGUUAAGAUUGUUCUCGAGUCAUAAACUGAUUUUGUGUCGGUGACACAGGGAAGUAUGACCUCAGAGUUUCAGCUUUGCAAUAUAUAAGACUUACCUGAAUGUUGAUGUUGGCUUAAUGUUUGAGAGUAGAGAUCACUGUUUAAAGCCAUAGCUCGGACUGUAAUUGUCAAGAAUUCCUGAGAAAUUGUCUUCCUAUAUUAAAAUAUAUAUGCAUUUAUGUAACGUAUAUAAAACAGCGUCAAUGUUUUGGCAGCAAUCCCUUCUCUAAAUGCUGCCUAGAAACCAACAAGUCUGAAAUAGCUUGAGAAUGUCCUGUUUUUGGAGUUUUUGAAGCCAAAUUUCCAAAUUUUGACAUUUUAAAAUUUUUGUGGACUGCAGUUUUGGAGAACUGGCAAUUUGAUAGUACUGAUGGUUGUGCAAGUCAACAGUGUCACUUUUUUUUUUUUUUUUUUU